GCAAACCGUACACUAGACCGUGCUGGACGCAUGACGCUCUUUUCUGAUCAAGCCAGUGAGGGUGAGGGGACUCCGUUGUCUUUGUGUCGAAUUCGAAACUUCAAUCCGACAAAAUGAUCAUCUACAAGGACAUCAUCACUGGUAUGGACAAAUAUCUCGUAUGCCCAUGAAAUGAUGUUGUCAUGCUAUCUAUAUUCAGAAUCAACUGGGUUGGUCUUUAAUGGCUCCCAGUGUUGUGAAAUCAAAGGCUAAGGCCUUGCACAGGGCCACACGUAACCUCAGCUGUGUAUGUUUUUACUAUAAACUGUUUUACCAUUACACACGCUGGGGCUUUUAAUAAAGAAAAAGGCAACGUUUGGUAAUGUAACCACAGGAGAAUGUUUACUUAUCGUGAUGGCUAUUAGCUAGGCCGCGCGCUUCCCAUUAUAAACAAAACAGGUGCAGCUAACGGCACAGGAGAAAUGUGGAUAUUAGCUUGUUAGUUACCCAACCUGCAGCUACUUGUGUUCCAUGCGCGGGCUGACAGAUUUGACAGCUGUCAAAAGGUGCUGUCAACUAACAGCAAACGUUAUCAAUCACUCAAUAGUUGAACUGUACAUUCGUUGAUUAUCCACCCACUAACCAUUUGCACACAUACUAUUAUCUUAAUGUUAUGCUUCUAAUCCAGUUAUAUUAGCUUUGUAAACCUAGCAGAUCUUGCUAGUACCACAGCAGUAGCUGUAGCAUGUCUGUCAGCCAUCUAACAAAUAGGAUUAGUGGGCAAGCUCAGCUAUGUUAGCCGGCGGCAGCAAGCCUUGGCCUGGGGAAAGUCUGUUGAAGGCCUGAGGCUACCUGACAACAAUGUAACCUUGUGACUGUGAACUAUUAUUGUGGUUUCUAUUAAUUCUGUUUUAUUGCAGGGGAUGAAAUGUUCUCGGACAUUUACAAGAUCAAAGAAUCACCAAAUGGGAUGUUAUUCGAAGUUGAGGGAAAGGUGCGUCUCCACUGCAGGUAUAAGCUCUCUGAGUUGUGGUGGUGAGAGGUGAGGUGUAUUAGGAUUUGGAGCCAGUUAUUGACUUGGGUAUCGUCUUAACUCAAUUCAUAGUUUUGCACUAUGCCUGAGUUUACAUAGACAAGUCCUAUCAGAUGGUCCUGAAGUAGAAUAAGGUGUUUGACAGUAAUGGGACCCAACCACUGAGUGACUCAGCACUCACUCUCCUUUCUCCUCCCACCCUGCCCCUUUGUAUCUUCCUCCGGUCUUUCCCUUCAGAUGGUUAGUAGAACAGAGAAUAUCGAUGACUCUCUGCUGGGGGCGAAUGCGUCGGCGGAGGUGCAGGAUGACGGCUGCGAGUCCAGCACGGUCAGUGGAGUGGACAUCGUCCUCAACCACAAACUGCAGGAGACAUCCUUCACCAAGGACUCAUACAAGGGCUACAUCAAGGACUACAUGAAGGCGUGAGUGUGUGUUAGUGACGGGUGUGUGCGCAUGCAUCCAGGCUAGCCCCAUCAGACGCCCUGUAUGCCCCUCAAAACUGUGAUUGUACUUAUGUAGAUGAAAAUGUCCCUAUUUGACAUUAAAUGCAUUUGUUGAAGGUGUGUGUGUGGGUGUGUGUGCAGGAUCAAGGCUAAGCUGGAGGAGAACAACCCACACAGAGUGAAGCCCUUCAUGGCUGGAGCUCAGGAGGAGAUCAAGAAGAUCAUGGGCAACAUGAAGAACUACCAGGUAACUAACUACUAGUUACAGCUAUACAUCUACUACUGCCUACAGCCCAUUCAGCUACACAUGCAUUCCUCACAUCACAUCAACUACUUGUGCACAGCCAAGCUGUGAUGAUUGGAGGUCCAGGCCUAUGAAACUAAACAGUUAUGAGCUUGCAAAAAAAAGAAGACCUAGAUUGGAGAAGAACCGUGUGGAUGUAGUUUCACUGACUUCAUUUCUCUUCACCCCCCUUACACUCGCUCUCUCUGUUCCCCCUCCCUCUGUAGUUUUUUACAGGGGAGUCCAUGAACCCAGAUGGUAUGGUUGGUCUGCUGGACUUCCGUGAGGACGGCAUCACUCCCUUCAUGACAUUCUUCAAAGACGGCCUUGAGAUCGAGAAAUGCGUGAGUCCCUUUAUCCCAGUCUACUCAUGUCUAAUAACAUACUAAUUAUAUGAUAUAACUUAGAACCAGUCUACUUGUGUUAUAACCACUGACCUUCCUCUCUCCUCUCUUUCACAGUAACACUAUGGACUAAGAACUUUGUUUCUAUUGGCUGCUCAGCUGCAUCUCACCUGACCCACGACCACCAACCAACCAGACGACUCCUCUGCAUUAUGUUUGGAUUGAAAGCAUUUCGUUACAAUUAUUGUAUUAUAUCUGAGUGGAAUGGAAGUAUUACUUUAAAGUAUUUUAUGAUGCCCAAACCAUGUCAUGUCUAUGGGGUUGACUGAAGGGGUAUUGUGACAGUAUUUUGCUGUUAAUUCUGUAAUUGAUCUUACUGAUUACUGUGUUAAACUCUGAGUAUUGCAGAGGUUCUGUUAACUGGUAUAUUCAGGAAAACACAAUCAGAACAUUCAGAUAGAAAUGUAUAUAUAGAGUAGAGCAGAUAUGCCUCUGUCAUGCAGAAUAAGGAAUUGUGUCAGCUCUAAUAUGUUACAUUUCUACCUGGGACAUUCUAUAUGUCACACACAGUUUGCUGGGAUAAUUUGUUUAUCUCUGCAAAGGCAAUUUUUCAGUCCAUUGAUUAGUUAUUAAUUCAUUGGUUAUUUAUUGUUGAUUGAUUAACUCUCAGGCUUCCAUUUGCUUGGUUUACAGUUACAUUAGAUGUGACACCCUUACUAAAAGUAUUGGGAUAGCUUAGGACUUCCUGAUUUGAGUUGUGAAAAAUAAAGCUGACACUGGGUAAAACA